AGAAAAAAGAAAAAGAAUAAAUUCACGAAAAUAAUUUAAUAUAAAAGUUAUAAAAAAUAAUUUAUAGAGGAAAAUUUCUAUUUUAUAGAUAUUAACAUACAUACUUUCAUUGGAUUUUGAAGAUAUAACCUCUCCGCACCCUUUUCAAAUUCCUCCCAUGAAUUUAAGUAUGUCAUUGUUAUCACAGAUAUUUAAUUAUACUUUUUUUUCUAUCAUUAAUCGUAUACAAAUACUUUUCAAUUAGAUAUACGUAUAUAUAUAUAUAUAUAUAAAUAUAUAUAUACGUAUAUUUUCAAUGAAUUAUCGUCCGAUUAAAUUAAUGACUCCACGCAAUUUAACGAAACACAUUUGAGUACAAACGAAGACUAAAUCUUUCGAACAUAUUCUAAAGAGGAGGUUAACGUAGACGACAACUGGCGCCACCUAGUGUGUCUCGUAGAUCAAUAAAUUUUCAUAAUGAAUUACUUUUUCAAAUAAUAAUAAGAGGAAUGAAAUGAAAAAUAAUAGAAUUCUUUUUUAUCGGUAAUUAAUCUUUUCAUUUAUAUAAUUAAUUAAAAAUUUUGUCGGUGUUUGUUAUAAAGAAAUGGAGGGGAAUUAGAAAAUGGCGGGAAAAGAUGCGGAAGAGAGAUAAGAUUGAAACUAUAUUAUUGGCUCACCCCCACUCAAACUAUUUCAAUAGUAGCGAUAUUUACAAUAAUGGCGUCUUUUCAAUGUAUUUAUGAAUGCACCAUAAAAGCGUUAACCAAUGAAAAGCCAUAAAAUCUUGAAGAAUUUAUUUCUGUAUGCACGCUUCCCUACAUAAUGGUGUUUGACUUUUGAAAGAUUGUUUACAAGCAAAUCUUAGUGCAUAACAAUAGUUGAUAAAUUUUACGAUCUAUCGUGGCGUUGACGUAUGAGGUUUUUUGAAAACUCUUUCAAAAUGAAUAUACCUAAAUUUUUUUCUUAAUUAUAAACUGUGCGCGUUAGUUAAGACAAUUUCUCUUUGACCCACUUGUUGCGUUUAGGUUAUGGUCGUAUAAACAAAAAUAUGUUGUAUAUAAAUGUCUGGGUUGUGUAAUAAAUCUGUGAGAAUUAGAAGGUAGGAAUGGAGGGACCAGGUAUAAGCCUAUUUCAAGGUUCUGAAAGUUUACAAUUAAAUACAAGUAAACAAAGAUUAGAGGAAGAUGAAGAACAAGAGGAUCUUAAACGACGCAACGAAGAGAUUAAUGAUUUGUUGACAAAUGCAUUCGAUGAUUUAGAAAAUGAUGACGAUGAGGACGACGACGACGACGACGACGACGACGACGACGACGACGACGACGACAACGAUAUCAGUUCUGCUAAUAGUAGCCAUUAUCAGCGCAGUGCCAAAGAAAAUGAACAUACCAAUAUCACUAAACAGAGAUUACCUUUCAAAACUCAAACAACUGCACAAUUAUGUAAUGAUUAUGGAGCUUAUGACCAUGUAGAUAAUUCAGUGAAUUAUAAUCAUGAUACAAUGAAGAAUUAUAGGACAGAAUCUGAUAUUCCAUUAAGUACAUUUGAUGUUCAAAGAGAUGUUAGUUUGUAUGGGCAAACACUAACACCGCAUAAAAAUAAAAAACCUAUAGAGGCGCAUAAUUUAACUAUGGAAACUUCCUACGAAUUGGCAAGACUUCCAAAUUCUAGUUCCUGCCCUAGAGAUUUGGAAUGUCACGCUGAGGAUGGUUAUACGUUUAAUGAAAAUUAUCUUUAUAAUUAUGAGACACCAGCUAAUCAUUAUAACAAUCAUGAAAAACAUUAUGCAAAUAAUGGUUAUAUAGAAAAUUAUGGUAACAAUGUACAAUGUAAACAGAUCCAUGAGUUUGGCGGUGGUGAUAAUAUUACGUCCGAAGAGAUAAAUCAUUGCUUUAAAAUAAGUCCAAAUGGAAAAAUGUUGGAUGAAAAUACGAUAUAUAAAACUACCGAGUAUAGUAGUAAAGAACAACUCGAAGUUUUAUAUACAAUAAGGAUGAAAGAAAUAAAACGACUGACGGAGGAUUUGCAAAAGUUACAACACCAGAAAGAAACUGAAAUGGACCAGUUUAGUCGAAAGAUAGUCUUGUUGCAGGCAGAAGUCGAACGAUCCAACAUAUCCAGGAAUCAAGCACAGCAUGCUCUCAUUGACGCCAAGGCAGAAAUUAUAGAUCUUCAAGGACAAAUGGCAUCGUUAAAAGAAAAGAAUGCCGUUUUAGAGACGACAAAUCAAAAUAUGGCUGAGGAAUUAGCCAGUGCAAAGGAUUCUGUUGUCGAUCUCCAACAAAAAGUUACUGUCUUGGAGCGAGUUCAUGCAUUGCAAACCAGUGAUAAAAUUAAUGAGAAAUUUUUGAAACAAGCUCAAGAGAAACAUGCAGUGGAAAUAAAAAAUAUGCAAACUCAAAUAGACGUACUUACGGAUAAAUUGAAUACGAAGCCGCUUAGCGAGGAUAUCACCAAUUAUGAUCUUUGGGAAUCAUCGUAUACAGCUUUGGAACACAAGUUGGCGGAUAUUAGAAGAGCUCACGAGGCAUUAAUAUUGGAAAAGGGCGAUACCACAAAUCGUCUUGCUCAAGCAUUAGAAAAAAGUCAAGCUCAGUGUCGUAAUUUAAUGGCUACGAAUAAUGAUCAACAAAUUUUACAAUUACAAGCUCAAAUUAAAAUAUUAUCACAAGAAAAAGAAGAUAUGUUGAAGAAUAUUCAAGAUUUACAGAAUAAAUUGGAAAUAGCUAAGAAUGAAACAGCGCAAUAUGAUACAUUGGCGACAACGUUAGAUGAGGAAUCAGAUUCUAUAAGACAAAUGAAAUUAGGAGAUUUUCAUAAUAGAUCCAGGUCAAAACCCUCGGAUGAUAUAACAAAUAAAUUAAGGGGUGAAUUACAAAGAUGUUUAGCCGGGCAGACUGUUAAGAGAAAAGAAAUAACUCGUUUAGAAAAUACUUUGUCUCAAAAAGAAAAAGAACUUGCUAAAGCAAACGUAAUAACUGAUUCGUGUAGACAAGAAACAGCUAGGUAUGCUAAACGGGUCAGUGAAUUAGAACUGGAAUUAAAAUUACUUCUUACCGAUAAAGCAUUAAAAGCGGAUGCUCAAAUACAGAAAUUAUCUGGUCAUUUGAAUGAUGUAAAAAAACAAUAUGAAAUAUUGAAAGAAGAAAAAUCAAAUCUAGAACAAAAGUUAGAAGAGGCGGAAGCAAUUAAUCAAGAAACAUUAAAGAAAUUACAUCAAGAAAGUACGAGUAUACAAGAGAAAGAAGUUAUUGAAAAAUACAAUAAAGAAUAUUUAGAGAUACAUGCUAAAGCUGUUGAAAGGGUUAGGGAGGAAGCUAAAAUGGAUAUAGUACAAUUAACUGUACAGUUAGAACAAACACAAAAAGAAUUAGAUCAUGUUAAGGAAUUGUAUAUAGACGUUUGUGGUACAAAGGAACAAUUGAUUAAUGAACAUAAAGAAGAAAUUAGAGCGUUGAAAGAAAAAUAUGGUAGCUUAGAGGAAUAUCAAAGAGAUAUGGAAAAAUUAGAAUACGAAUUGGAAACGCAAAAAAAAUUUAUCGACAAGCUGAAUAAAGAAUGUGAAACUUAUAAAAAUAAAAUAAUGGAAUUGCAAAAAGAUUUGUCGUCGGAGAAACGAAAGAAAGAGGAGUAUACGAAAAAAAUUCAUCAAGAAAUUGAAAGAGCAAAGGAUGAAGCAUUGAAGGAAUUAAGAAAUGCGGAUCCUAAUCAACAAAUAAGUAUAUUAUUGCCUGAUCAUUGUUCUGAACAUUUACAACGAAUCAGUCAACUUGAAGAUGAUAAUCUUCGAUUGGAAGAGAAAUGUCAAUUGGCAGUAGAGGAUCAUAAAAAAUUAUCAGAAUAUCAAACGGAAUUGGACGAUACAAGAUUAAAGAUCGCACAGAUGGAGAUCUCUCAGGAAUCAUGGAAAAAGAAAUAUGAUAAUACUAUUAUGGAAAGAAAUGAACUUCUUACACGUAUAUCUUCAUUGGACUCUCAGUUAUCGGUAUUGAAUAAAAAAUUAAAAAGAGAUGAUUCGGACGAGGUGAAAUUAAAAAUAACACGUGUACAAAUAGAAAAUGAGGGUCUAAAGAGCCGUUGUGAAACAUUGUUGACCGAAAAGAAUAUCUUUAGAGAUAAAAUAACACAAUUGGAAUUAGAAUUGUCCGAGGGGAAAAAGAUUGAUCAACAAACUAUUGAAAAUAGAAUGAAAAACGACGUUACUUUUGUUAAUGCUAAACAUGAAUUGGAAAAAGAAUUAUAUCAAUAUAAAGAUUUGGUUAAAAAAUUGAGUAAUCAAUUGGAUUGUUUAAAGGGAAAGGAAAAGGAGUGUGAUAAUUUGCAGAAAAGGAUAAAGAGGCUCGAAGAGGAUGUACAAGAGAAAGAGAGAAAGAUUAGAAAAAUAAAUGAUUUCGAUAAGAUUACGGAGGAGAGGGAUCAACUUUUAGAAAAAUUAAAUAAUCAAGCUAUACGCUUUGAGGAAUGUCUUAGGAAUCAAAGGCAAGUAUCUGCAAAAUUGAAUUUAUCACCUCGCACUUUGGAAGAGGAGACGGAUUUACAAAAGAUAAGAGAAAUGGUAAUAAAGGAGGUCAGAGAAGAAAUGGAACAAAAAGUUACUCAAGAACUUCGAGCGAUAGGAGAACAAUAUCGAGAAAAAAAUAAAGAAUUCGAAGAAAGAUAUAAAGUGACAUUGUUACAGAAGGAACAGGAGGUGAAAAAAUUGAAGCACAGUAUAUCGGAAAAAGAAACAAUUUUUUCGUCCUUUAAAAUGAGAGAACAAUUUGUUAGUAAAUUUAUUGAAAACAAAUUAAAGACGUAUCACGAAGAAUUGUUAACGAGAAAGUUGAAAAUCGAACAAUUAGAGGAAAGAUUAAAGCAAAAUGAAAGUGACAUAGAGGAUGAAAGAAAUCUGAUGGCUCAGGUAAUGACCACUUGGGUUGCAGAAAUCAAAGAUAUUAAAGCGAAAGAUGUAACUAUGAAAGAUGAUAUAAAAAAUUUAAGAGAAAUAGAAGAAAGUUUAAGAAUAGAAAAUAAUGCGUUGAAAGAACAAGAGAAAGAAAUAAAAAAUAAUAUAGAUAUGCUAAAGCUUAAAUAUCAAUCAGCAAGGAAAUCUGCCAUUAAUUAUAAGGAGCACGCAGAGAAAAAAGAAAAAUUCUUUCUAAGCGAAUGCAAACGUAUAGAAGAAGGAUAUAAAAAAGCCAUGACACAAGUACAAAAAAGACAUGACGAAGUUAUGAGUAAUUAUGAGGAAAAAGUAAAAAUAAAGAUUAAGGAAAUCGAGUGUCAACAUAGAAAGAGAAUAGAACAAAUGGAAAACACAAAAAUCUAAGUACAAAAAUAAUUGUUGAAAUAUGUAUUAAAUAAUACUGAUAUGCAAUAUAGCUUUUAUAUAAGUUAGACAAAAGCGUAGUUAGAAGAGGCUAGACGUUUGUAAAUUAUAGCACUUUAUUAUAUAACACUAUUAGAAAAGAAUUUUUAUUUUAGCGACUUAUAAGUUGAAAAUUUAUAAGUACAGUUAGAGUUAAUAGUGUUCCUUUGACGUUUACGCGAUUAAUACGAUAGUAAACUUUAAUAUCUAAUUUUAAAAGAAAACUUUAAAGUACAACUUUCCGGAUGCUCAUCAGAGUACUAAUUAUAUAUUACUAAAAAUUUAUAUAUUAAUUAAAACAAGAAAAACAUAUCUAUAAAGAGGAAAAAGCCUUACUUUUAUUAUUGUUUUUUAUGCCAUGAUUUUAUAAUAAUCUAAUUAUAU